AUGAAGCCUAUCCUCCGAUCAGGUCUUUUGCGCUCUGCACGACGAGCAAUUGUUGAUCCUAUUGCCGUUGUAUCGCUCCGUCGGGCCCUGACUAUCAAAGCGGCCGCCGUCCGCCCAACAACAACCCUCCAUCUUUCCUGCUGCGAUCCCACCAUCCCCCACCAUCACCGCCACUACUCGACCUCCUCCAACUUCAGUUCCUCGCGCCCGGUAGACACGAUGCCCAAGGAUAACAAGAACGCGUUCAACCUCAAGACGCCCAAGGGCACCAAGGAUUGGUCCGGGUCCGAUGCUCUCCUCCGCGAUCGCAUCUUCUCGACCAUCGCCGAUGUCUUCAAGCGCCACGGCGGCACGGCCCUCGACACCCCCGUCUUUGAGCUGCGCGAGAUCCUGGCCGGCAAGUAUGGCGAGGACUCGAAGCUCAUCUACGAUCUCCAGGACCAGGGCGGCGAGAUCUGCUCCCUGCGCUACGACCUCACCGUCCCCUUUGCCCGCUGGCUCGCCAUGAACCCGGACGUGCGCAGCAUGAAGCGCUACCACAUCGCCAAGGUCUAUCGCCGUGACCAGCCUGCCGUCAGCAAGGGCCGCAUGCGCGAAUUCUACCAGUGCGACUUCGAUAUCGCCGGCACAUUCGACCCCAUGGUCCCCGAUGCGGAGAUCCUGCGCAUCGUCACCGAGGUGUUCGAGGAGCUUGGGUGGAAGGGCCGGUAUACCAUCAAGGUCAACCACCGGAAGAUUCUGGACGGUCUCUUUGAGGUCUGCGGAGUGCCGGCGGAGAAGAUCCGUCCGAUCUCGAGUGCCGUCGACAAGCUGGAUAAGAUGCCCUGGGCUGACGUGCGGAAGGAGAUGGUCGAGGAGAAGGGGUUGGAGGGUGCGGUGGCUGACAAGAUUGAGAAAUACGUCGCCGGCAAGGGCGGUCGCGAUCUGCUCGAGUCCCUCGCGAAGGACGAGGCUUUGAUGGCAAACGCGUCGGCCAAGGCCGGUCUGGAGGAGAUGGGAUUGCUCAUGGACUACCUCGAGGCCUUCGGGGUGCUUGACAGAAUCUCUUUCGACAUGUCGCUUGCGCGAGGACUCGAUUACUAUACCGGCGUGAUCUACGAAGUUGUCACUGAGGGGUCAGCACCCGCCGUAUCGUCAUCGGCGCCCGAAGCCCAGAAGCUUCAGAAAUCCGGAAAGAAGAGCAAGUCCAAGAGCGGUAACCUCGAGGACGACGACAGAUCGAACGACCCGACUCUGGGUGUCGGCAGUGUGGCUGCUGGUGGCCGCUACGACAAUCUGGUCGGCAUGUUCCUGCCCAAGGCUCAGAUCCCCUGUGUCGGUGUCUCCUUCGGCGUCGACCGUAUCUUCUCCAUUACCAAGGCCAGACUCGAGCGGGAAAAGAGCGCCGAGGCCCUGCGCAGCAGCGAAGUUGAUGUCUUCGUCAUGGCCUUUGGAGGCAAGGGUUUCACCGGUAUGCUCAAGGAGCGUAUGGAUGUUUGCCAAAAACUAUGGAACUCCAACAUCAAGGCCGAAUUCUCCUACAAGAUCAAGCCCAAGCUCCCCCAGCAAUUCAAGGCCGCCGAACAAGGAGGCGUGCCCUUCGCCGUCAUCCUGGGCGAGGACGAGCUCGCCGCCGGCAAGGUCCGCAUCAAGGAAAUGGGUCUGGAAGAGGGCCACCCGGAGAAGGAAGGUGUCCUGGUCGAUCUGGCGACCAUCACCGACGAAGUCAAGACCAGAUUAGCCAAGAAACAGGCCCAGAGCCCCGCUGCGACGGACCUCUCGGGGGUUACGGAGCAACUGGAGGCUGUCAAGGUGGCGGAGGCUCCCAAGACCGAGGAUGCGGGCGUUUGA